GUGUGUUGACAGCUGCAGACUGUGGACUCUCAGUAAACACAGGCAGUUAGUCAUUAACACAGAUACGCAACGAACCAUCGUCGGUGUCCGUGGCGUCUCUUCUUCUUCACUCGUUUUCUGUGUUGUGGGCUGCAGGUUUUGCAGAGGUCAUGUCCCGCCUCCUCCGCUGUGUGUUCGUCAUCGCCGCCCUGUGGAUGGCGUCGGCGCUCAGUCUGUCAGUGUUCAGGGACCCCCGGGGCGCACACAUGCUGCUCAGAUCCCGCCGGGCAAACUCCUUCCUGGAGGAGCUGAAGCCGGCGUCCAUGGAGCGCGAGUGUGUGGAGGAGAAGUGUGACUUUGAGGAGGCGCGAGAGAUUUUCCAGACCAGGGAAGCUACGCUGGAGUUCUGGACGGUGUACACAGAUGGGAACCAGUGCAAUUCCAACAUGUGUGUUAAUGGAAUGUGUGUGGACCAGUACCAGGACUACGCUUGCCGUUGUGAGCCCGGAUACGAGGGCAAAUUCUGCGACCAGCCUCAGACGGCCACUAACUGCUCCGUGGAUAACGGCGGCUGUGACCACUCAUGCUCGGAGAGCAAGGACGGCCUGAGCAGGAGCUGCAGCUGCGUGAGCGGAUACAAGCUGCACCUCGACGCCAAGAAGUGCAGCCCUAACGAUGAGUCGUCCUGCGGUCAGCUGCUGAUCAGCAGGUCGUCGUACACCAAACCAAUGGACGGCCUGCUGCCCUGGAUGGUGGGGGGGGAGAUGGGAAAGAAAGGGGAGAGUCCUUGGCAGGCACUGCUGCUGAAUGCCAUGGGCCGUUUCAAAUGCGGCGCCGUCCUGAUCGCUGAGAGCUGGGUGCUGACAGCGGCGCAUUGCCUCGACAACAGCCUGCGCUUCAGAGUGAGACUCGGAGACUACGAGCGCCACAGGCUCGAGGGCACCGAGGACACCCUGAAGGUGUUGGAGGCCUUCAGACACCCGGACUACAACACCCGCACCUACGACAACGACAUCGCCCUGCUGCGCCUGGAGCGCCCCGUCCAGCUUUCCCAGUACAUCCUGCCCGCCUGCCUGCCGGACCGCAGCCUGGCGGAGCGGGUGCUGCACCUGAACGGCACCGAGACCGUGGUGAGCGGCUGGGGGAAGGAGGACCUGGACAGCAACACCUUCAGCUCCGCACUCAACGUCAUCAAGGUGCCGCUGGUGGACCGCGGCAUCUGCGCCCAGCACAUGUCCAACAACAUCUCCGAGAACGUGCUGUGCGCGGGGGUUCUGGGCCAGAGGAUGGACGCCUGCGAGGGGGACAGCGGGGGUCCGAUGGUGACGCUGUACCGAGACACCUGGUUCCUGGUGGGCCUUGUGUCCUGGGGGGAGGGCUGCGGCCACCAGGACAAGCUGGGCGUCUACACCAAGGUGUCCAACUACAACCAGUGGAUCCAGCGCAUCAGGGAGGAAUGGGAUCUGGCACACUGAGACCCCCCCCCAACCCAUCAGCAGGGUAAACAAACAGCCAUGUAACACUUUAUAAAUAAACUGAUCCUGCCUGAA